CUAUCCCUACAACAUGGUAUGCGAGUUUGCGAGAUAAACCAUCAAGCUAUUAUGGAGUACAGUGUAAAUUGCACGUUCGUUGUUCAAGUCUACGUCAAGAAUGUCUAAAAUGUUGUAUCAUGUCUAUGGCGAAGAUUGCAGUCACGUAA